AUGGCAAAUGUUCAGGUCCUCGACAACCCAACCAUCCACGACUUGUUGAUUAAUCUUUCUCUGGAAGAAACAAUCGUCUUUCGAAAAAUUCUCGAACAAACAUUCGAGGAUGUUUCGGUCGGUGGCGAGCGUCAAUACCAGCCUAUGCCUAGUGUUGCCAACCGAGCCAAUGGACAAAACACUCUCUUCCGACCUUUCACCUCGGAUUCGAGCAUCGGCGCUAAGAUAACCGUGGAGCCCGCACCGGCUUCCGAUGGCACGAAGGAUCCCCUACACGGCAUUAUCGUACUGACCGACGGCAAGGGAAACCCGACGGCCAUUUUAAGCUCUGAAGAGGUGACCGGCUACCGCACCUCUAUGAACGCAAUGGUUCCGUUCUCUUGGAGGAAACACGUGGACAACAUUUUGGUUUUCGGCGGUGGCAUGCAGGCUCUAUGGCAUACCCGGCUCAUCUUGGCUCUCCGGGGGUCGGAGGUUAAAAACAUCACAUAUGCUAGUCCCAUCAAGGACCAUGUUAAUAAACUGAUUGCGACUGUCACAAAAGAGAACCAGAGUCGCUGGAACUCCAAUGCUUCCUUCCACUUCAUCGACACCACCGCCACGAACUACCAGCGUGAUCUUCAAGCUCUUCUGAAAAUCACGGAUGCCGUAUUUUGCACGACACCUUCUCAGAUACCUCUCUUCCCCGCUAGCUACCUUACCCAGGGCCGAAGCCGCCAACCCUUCAUCUCGGCUAUCGGUUCUUGGCAGCCUCAGAUGGUCGAACUUGAACACGCACUUCUACAUCAUGCCAUUUCGGCCAACGAUGGCUACAACCCCGUCACUGGAGAAAUCCGCGGCGUUGUACUUACUGAUGACCGUGACUUUGCCCUACAGAACUGUGGCGAAUUAGUUAACAGUGGUAUUCCCGCGAAGGAUGUUGUUGAGCUUGGCGAAAUCAUUGCGUUGAAGAAAUGCAAGGAAAUAUCAAAACAGGACCAGAUUGAUAAGGCAAUCAAGUUCAUUUCAGAGGGCUUCGUUGCAUAUAAGAGUAUCGGUGUUAGCCUUACGGAUCUGACAGUCAGCAAUGCUAUCCUUGAGCUAGCCAAGAACAAGCAGCGCCAACAGCACCUAUAG